AUGCCCACGCUGAGCAGCCUCACGGUGGCGGAACAGGUGGCCGCGCUGCCGCCUCUCUCGCAACUUCUGGGUAUCGACCCACCAGGAGCAGCCAACCAUAAGACCAAAGACAUAGGGAAGGCACCAGCAUGGCAGGUGUCGACUCGCGGCGGUGUUUCUUGCGCCACAAAGGCCUCGUCCUCCCAGACGCUGUCUGCGGUCACUCCUCGGCGGUCGCCUUUAGACGCACCGGCAGGCGUGGCGCCCACCAUCCACUCACACGCGGCUGCGGCGAAUCUUGAAGCGCCGGUCGGCUCAUCCAGCGCGCGAACGGAGGAAACGCUGCGGGCUGCGCCGUCCACGCCGUUGGCAGAUGAAUGCACCGGCGGCUUGAGCGAGUGGCGCCGCGUCCGGCAGUCACUGCAGCUACCGAUCGCGUACCGCGCCGAGGAGGAGGUUUACCUUUCGCUACGCCUGCUGCGCUCCCUCUCCCUCUUCGCACCUCUGCUGGACGACGACUUGCUGACGCUGGCGGAAACAAUGGCGGUGAUGGAGGUGACGGACGCAGGCAAGGUUCUCCUGCGAAAAUGUGCCGCUGCUCAUGCGGCUCACUUGUCAAGUAGCACGGGUGCAGCCGCUGAGGCGAUGGCAAAGAUGCCUGCCGAUAGACCGCCGCUAUCGCUGGAUGCGUUGCUCGCACCACCGUUGCUGGAUGACGAGGAGGAGCAGGAGCGGCCGCAGGGAGUUUGGGCGAUGCCGGCAGCGCGACUCUUCCAGUGCUUCAGGGAGCAAAUGGGCCGCGGUGAGCCACCGUCGCUGCCAUCGGAGCGCACAGAAAACGUCGUUGGUUCUCACAUGGACGACGCACUGCCUCCGAUCACGGUGAAGACGACAAGGCGCAGUACCCAGCGAUCGCAGGGGGAGUAUACGGUAGGGUUGACGAGAGUACCUGCCACCGGCGUCACUACGGCGCCGCUCUUCUUUCCGGACGACGACACGCUCAACGGCGACGGAACCUUUGCUUUAGUGCUGCUAAGCGGACACUGCCGCCUCGAGUGGCCUCGUGAGCGCGGCCUGGUGGAGGAUGCGGCGCAGGCGUCGCCGUGGCAGAGCUACGAGCUUCAGCCGGGAGAUGCCAUGGGAUAUGCUCUGAUCUGGGGUGCCUUGCCGCCUGGGGCGCAGUACGUGACGUCCGAGACGAUCACGCUACUGGUAGUGAGUUCUGAGGGGCGGCCUCCCGAGGUGGCGGCGCGCUUGCGGCGCGUGUGCCGCCGUGCCAACGAGGCGGUCCUCCGCGCGCAGCGGCGAUUUCUCGCGCACGAGCUGCGCGUUCCCCUCUUCGCCCCUGAAGACACCGCCACGAGGACGACGCGCGCCACCGGCACUGGUGUGGGUGAAGCACAGGAGGAGCAGGGGCCGCAAGGUCACGCAGCUGCUACGGUGGCGGAGGCCGCCGUCCCGUCUGUCGCGUCUCUCCUCGAUAGAGCGGCGCGGAGCUUGAUUCCCGUUCGCGUCCCCACGCAUACGGUUUUGUUUAGCGAAGGACUUGCCCCAGUGAAGGAGUGUGCCAUCUACUUCAUUCUCGACGGUGGCCUCGCCGUUGUCCGCCGCAUCUGGUCUCAGGACCAGCAAAGGCUCUUCUCCGAGAAGAUGCAGCUCGUGCGCGCGUUGACGCCCGCCACCGGCAUCUGCCCACCACUGUCGCCGCUGCCGGCGAUGGACAGCAUGGAGGUGGCGCAGCUGCGGCGCGGUGACUAUUGUGGUGAUCUGGCCUACCUCAACGAGGACCCCGACCACGUAGCCUCGAUGGACGCCGAAUGGACGGCAGCGUACUGGCAGAGCACGCUGGCUCAGCCAACCGCCCGUUUCAGCCAAGCUGGCCGAUGUCGUGACACGCACGGGCAGUGUUCUCGUGAUGUGGCCGAUCACGCCUCUGGUCACGGCGCUAAGAGCUCUCUCUUCAGACGUCACAAGGCCACUGUGGUUGCCCAGCAAGCGUCGUCGCUCUAUGUGCUGCUUCCGCGUGCCGCGGACGAAGCGUUGACCGGCGUGGUGGAGCAACGCAUGCGCGACCACGUCCACCGCGAUUACGCCGGCUACCGACAUGUCUUUGCCGAGUACGAGAAGCUGUACAAGUGGGCACUCUACAAGGAGCGCGUGCUGUCGGACGUGUCUCAGAAGGCCCCGGUGAACUUCCGUUAG